AUGUCCGGACGCGGUAAAGGAGGCAAAGUUAAAGGCAAGUCCAAGUCUCGUUCAUCCCGGGCUGGACUUCAGUUUCCAGUCGGUCGUAUCCAUCGUCUGUUGAGAAAGGGGAACUAUGCUGAGCGUGUUGGUGCCGGCGCCCCUGUUUACCUCGCUGCAGUGCUCGAGUAUUUGGCUGCCGAAGUUCUCGAGUUGGCUGGCAACGCUGCCCAGGAGGAUGCUCCCGUCGCCUCAGCGUGGCCCUCCUGUGGAAACGUCCGCCCGGGGAAACGGAUAGGCAAACUGGCCAUCAGAAACGACGAGGAGUUGAACAAACUUCUGUCUGGCGUCACCAUCGCUCAGGGUGGUGUCUUGCCCAACAUCCAAGCCGUACUUCUGCCCAAGAAGUCUCAAAAGACACCAGGUGGCAAGGCAUAA